AUGCAAGAAGAGCACAAUUUUCACGCAACAUUAUGGGGUGCUGCUAAGAAUCUAAGAAGAAGCGAUUGGGAAAUUAUUCUGCCACUCUAUAAUGAGCUAGAGAGGCAGGGACAUGAUCCUCGGGUCCGGGUUGGAGAGCACAUCUUUACGGAGAGUAAAGUAAAGAGAGCUCGUCGAGAGUAUUUGAAAGCAGGUCUUGUGACGAAUGGGGAUAAUUCUGGUAUGGGAAGAUAUGCGCUUCUGUAUGGAGAGAUGUUAACAGGUGAUUUAGAACAAGCUCCCUCCUCCGAUCCGAUACAGAGACGCCUUUGGCGUAUAGAAGUUCGACAGGAUGAUGGCCAUUAUUCGGAAUAUUCCAAUACGUGUUCCGCUAUGAACUCCCUUUGGAGCAGGGAUUCUUCAAACAUCGCCCAAAGAGACAUGCAGAAUGAUCUCCCUGUCACCAGUGACCAACAGUUAGACAUUGAAUCCCUCUCGCCCCUCGGCGUUUGCUCUUUAAGAAACGCAACCGAAAUAGAGUCCAUGGAUUCUCAUCUUCGCCUAAAUUCGCCGGACGAUCCCAGCCAUCAAAAUCCAGAUCAGCUGAUUAGUUCUGUUCUUGAGUCAUAUACGCUUCCCAAUACGCUCGAUGUCGAUUUUGACGGGUAUGCUCUGUCAAACGCAUGGGAUAAUGACAUCGGGAAUCCUAUCUUAUAUACACCCUUUUCAAUGAGCCCUUCAAGAAUUUCCCUCAACGACCAGAUCGAAUCCAUUCUCCGGAGCAACCUUCCGAGCGUUCAACCACCAAGGCGCUUUAGCCUCGGACCUCCCUCUUUAUCGAUGGUAAUUGAGCGACUGGUCUCUCUGCCCGUAGCAAAUAUCUGUGGCCAAGCCCUUGCAGCGAGCUCAACACCAGCUUCCUACGAAAGCAUUUCACUACGGGGAUUUUCUGGAAGGCUUCUCUACUCUGUUGCUAAUAACUUCGCUGGUCUUGAAGGCGUCGAUUUUGCCACCGUUUUUGACCUUCUGGAACUUGUUCCGGGGAUGGAGUCUUACUUUCUCGAGUGGCUAUGUUCAGACAACCCCAUGAUUUCAAAGCCCCUUGCUAAGAACCUCUUUCGCGCUGCUAUAGAAGCCGGGCGUGAGCAAGUGGUCGAUACUGUACUGAAAACAACUUUCGGUAGAAUCAACAAGAUUGAUGUUGAUGAAACAAUUCAUAGCAAUGGUGCCAGGUAUUCGCCAAUCGCGUUGGCAUCUGGUCGAUUCCACUCAGGAGUCGUCAAAACCCUUCUACUUCAUGGUGCCAAAGUCAGAAUUCCCGACCAGGCCUCUAAGGAAGUACAAUUCCAUGGUUGCCCACUCAGGGUCAUCCUUAAAACAUUGAAAGCAAAGCCUGGCUCCCCACUGGAGAAACAGGUCAUACAGAUCUUUGAAUUAAUAGCUAUUCAUGGGCCUCUAGAUGUCCCAGAGUUAUUUGUCUUGAUUUUAUACGAUAUGCAACAUGUCAAUCUCUUGAGUAUGAAUACCCGAGAUUACUAUAGAAUUUCGCGAGAAAUGGGCAGCAAACUCCUGGAAAUCCUCUUUCAGUUAGUUCCCAAAGACCGUUAUCCCGAGCUUCUCAGCCACAAGACUCGCCGGAAGCCGAGAAAAUUUGUCAAGGCUUUCCCGCCUCUUCUAUACAAGAUUAUAAAAAAGGCGGAAAACCAAGUUGCGAACAAUAUCGCUCAAAGCCUUUUGAGCACAUACGACGACGCUCAAUUCAGGGUUUCAUCUGUGGGAACUUAUUCUGAAGUAUUGAGAGAAGCGCUUAUUCUUGCUAUUUUAAGAGACAAUACUGAGCUCAUAGAGUACCUCUUGGGUCGUGUCAGUCCAGACGAUAGACACCUCACAGCUGCGGUUCACGUGGGGAACCUUGCCUUAACAGACUCUAUCUUGGACCAUGGCGUUUCUGCUCGGGGAAGAAUGAUGUGUUCUGAGCAUCUAUGUUAUGCAUCCCAUGAUUCUCGCUGGUGGACUCAAGAAGAAACGGGGAAAGAAAAAGAGGAUAGAAAAUGCACAUUUGGUCGUGAGAGCGAAUACGAAUUCUGCAAACCAACAACCCCGUUGGCCGAAGCCAUUCGCCUGCAAAACACGCAGCUCAUCCAUCGGCUUGAGAACUGCGGGGCACUCGAUGCACUAUUAUCUGAGAAAGGGCAACUUCACUUCGACGCUGCAGCCCAGGCAUCAGGUGAAGUUGGCAAUGUGUCCUAUCUCAAACAGCUUCUUAAUUCAAACCCUCAUCUCACUUUAAGCAGUUUGCUGGUUCCUAUUCAGAAUGCAAUAGAAUCCGGACACUUUGAGGCCGCUUGGGGUUUGAUAACCCAAUAUCCCAAAGAUGGCGGCAAUAGAGAAAUAAUGCAUAGAGUCGAACUCGAAUAUCACAUGGAGAAUAUGUUAUCUGCAAUUAUACGAAACAAUGGGAGCCUGGAGUUCCUAGAACAGGUGAUAGAAUAUCUGGACUGCUUCAAAUACUUGGGGGCAUCCCACAUCAGAAGCCUGCUAGUGGAAGCUGUACAGAUCGAUGAUAGGCGAAUUAUUGAAUACUUGGUGCACCUGAAUCACAGGCCCUUUUCUGUCCUAAGUUCAUCAGUGUCACCUCUCGAUGUUGCAGUCAAAAGGCAGAAUGUCGAACUUAUGAGAUUCCUUCUAGAGUAUGAUGCUUCUCCUUGCUACCUCACGGGGGCCGUUGAAACGGGAAACGAAGCUAUCGUGCGCCUAUUCCUACGCCACGGAGCAGAUCCAGCAGAUGAAUUGGCACUUUCAAAGGCUGUCAGAAGUAGCAACAAGUCGCUUCUCCCGAUACUUCUUUCGGCGUUCUCUUCAAGAUAUCCGAAUGGGAGAAGAGGUUUUGGUGGACGCGUACUCAUUGGGGCCAUCGAAAUGUUUGAGGAGAACGAUACGAUUCUUUAUCUGGCAAUCCGUCGGAUCCUCGAGGCAGGUGUAAGCCCAGAAGCAACUGAUUUGAGACGGCUUCAACGCGUCAGUGCACUUUUACAGGCCAUCAUAUCGAACAGCAUGCCUAUGGUAGAGCUAUUACUAGGCAAAGGAGCCGACAUCAAUCGACCAGCAAAAGGGGGUCUGAAACGCACACCUCUUCAGCAAGCCUGUGAACAGGGAAGCUUUCAGAUGGUGAAAUAUCUGCUGGACCGAGGCGCAGAUAUCCACGCCCCCCAGGCGGUAAAUGGCGGCGCAACGGCCCUACAGCUUGCAGCUAUCCAAGGCAAUUUAAGAAUUGUCAGACUUCUUCUGGACUUGGGACUCAAUAUCAAUGAGGCGCCUGCACCUGUCAAUGGACGCACCGCUCUCGAAGGAGCAGCUGAGCAUGGACGAGUCAGUGUACUUGAUUUACUGCUUGUAGAAGGCAAGGACAUUUACACAUCAACGGAUAUUGAGAGCGCGAGCAAGUAUGCAGAGAGAAACGGGCAUCAGGGUUGUGAGGAUAUGCUCAGGCUUGCUCGCUUCAGGAUUUGUAGGGAGUCUAUCUUAUAA